AUGUGGAUUCUUGAUUCCACCGGGAAGCGUGUGUGGCUGCGCCCUGGAAAGAAGUAUCUAUUCGGUCGAUUCUAUCGAGAUGGAGUCCGCCAUGCUGUCAACCACAAUUCGAUAUCCCGCAAGCAUAUGACUAUUGAAAUAUCACCAGUCAAUCCGAGAGAUGGGUUAUCACCACGAGCGCGAUCCAGUAUCACUAUAACCGAUUUGGACUCGAAGAAGGGAACAGUUGUUGACGAAAGGAGAAUCCAAGGAGAAUGCAAGUUGGAGAAGAGCGAUGAGCAUGUCAUCCAGCUCGCGAAAUACCAGCAUACGCUCCGGAUCAAAUGGGAACCCGUGGUUCUAACCUUGUCAGCCUCUUCCAAGCAGGUGCGAGGUGAAGAUCCUCUAGCCCAUGUUCGCUCACGUCUAGAAGACCUCGACAUUAAAACUAUCAUGGAAUAUAUUGUCGACCACACAACACAUGUGGUACAGCGCAAACGGAAUACAGCCAAGGGUCUUCAGGCCCUCGUCAACGGGAAGUACAUAGUAGAUGAUUCAUAUAUCGAUGCACUCGUCUACGCGGCUACCCCCAGUGAUCUUGAGAACGUUGAGUCACUCUGUCCUCUCGAAACCGACUUCGAAUUGGCGUGGCCCGAUCCAAAUCAACAUCUUCCACCUCCCGGAAAAGAGCCAACCCAGCGCCCCGCCGCUGCUUUCGCUCCGAAGUCCGCACGUCUUAAUGUCUUCGACGGAUAUACAUUUAUCUUCGGUGAUCCAGCCCAGUUUGAAAAUCUGCAAGGUCCAAUCAACAAUGGCCAAGGAAAGGCCCUUUUCUACCAGGUUGAAGAUGGGGUCACAACUGCCGUAGAUAUCGUUCGGUUCAUGAAAAAGGCAGCGGGAGGGAAAGGCGUGGGAAGUGAGCGGCACGGUUCCGGUGGUGUCGUUCUUGUUCGCUUUCGAUCGAAAGGAGACCUCGAACAAUGGUCUAUUGACGUCGGUAAUGAAGUUGCUCUAAUGACGGACCAGCGCGUGAUAGAGCAACGAGAGUUCCUUGACGCUAUCCUGGGAAAUGAUGCAUCACCCCUCUGUCGUGCCUUGCCCACGGAGGAGGGCUCUAGUCAGAUCUCCGGAUCUACACCAGCGGUUGAGGCUGAACAAACAAGCCAACGAGCAGUUUCUGUCGUGUCCGAAUCGGUAUCGCCCCCUGAUCCUAAGCCUAGUCAGCCCUCAACAGGUCGGGCCAAGACCCCCCGUGUGCGUGCAUACGUCAGUAAAAUGAAAACCUUCGAUGACGGAUUUGACAUGGAAUCUGUCCCAGUCUAUGCCCCCGAAGAAGAGGACAUCAAUAUCAACUCCACUCAGACCAUGGAUGUCGAAACUCAAGUACCGUCCCAAGCAACCCAGUCCCUGGAUACAGUGAAGGAAGAGCCCGAGGAGGAUACGGUCGCUGUUCUUCUUCCGGGCGCCCGUACAAUGAAACGUCGUCGUGCAGAGAUGACUCGCCAUCACCCAGAGGGUGAGGCCGUAGCCCCCGAAACGGAGGCCCCGAAACGCAAGCGACCUAAACUCGACGUGCUCGAGGCCGCGCGAAAGCACCGAGAAGAUGAAGAGCAACAACGCAAGGCCGAGAAAGACUCACAUCCAGCCGACUUAGGUGAUGUAGAUGUGGACCAAUUGAGGAAUCUGGCUAUUGUGGAAGAAAUGGAGAUUCCCGUCCGGAUUGUACCAGCGCGCGAAGAUAAAACCUCGGACCGAUGGGACGACCAAUGGAAUGGGCGCAAGAACUUCAAGAAAUUCCGGCGAAAAGGCGAGCCGCGUAGUCGAGCUCGCAUCCAGACGGUAAUCGUUCCCCUAGAAGAAGUAACCCGCAAAGACUAUGGAAUCGGCGAUCACUAUUGGGCCGGCAAUUCCACCGAGACGACUUCUCGAAUCGAGCCUGAAGCUCCGGACUCUGAUGAUCGUCGCGAUGAAAAUUUCCCAUCACGCUCCGAGCUGACAGCGACUGCACGCACGUCGCCUGAACCAACUCCAAACCCAACUCCACCUAGGCGCCCGAAGAGGGCCCGCGAGGAGCGCGAUUCGGACAGCGAUGAUGGCCUUCGUUUCCGUUUCAGGCGUAAGCGUUAG